AUGUCCUGCUGUGACCAGUGCCAGUCCUGCCAGCCCUGCGGCCCGACCCCGCUGGCCAACAGCUGCACUGAGCCCUGCUGCAGGCAGUGCCAGGACUCCAACAUCAUCAUCCAGCCCUCCGCUGUGGUGGUGACCCUGCCCGGCCCCAUCCUCAGCUCCUUCCCUCAGAACACCGUUGUGGGCUCCUCCACCUCCGCCGCCGCUGGCAGCAUCCUCAGCAGCCAGGGAGUGCCCAUCUCCUCCGGGGGCUUUGACCUCUCCUGCAUCACCAGCCGCUACUGUGGCAGCAGAUGUCCCUGCUAA